AUUCCCGUGUCCUUGCUCAUCCCAUUCCUUUCUAUUGCAAAAUCUGUUUCUGUGUGGCAAGCAAGGGGAAGAGAGACAGACAGACACAGGGAGCACAGCCGCCGGUCUUCUGUGUGCCUUUAACUAUGACUGAGGCAGAGCUGUAUACGCAGUACAGAGGGGUCCUGGUGCCCUCAGCUGUGCACAGUCCACAGAGCCUGAAAUACUACGAAGAGUUUACCUUCCGCCUGGAUGAUAUCAUCAUUGCAACAUAUCCCAAGUCUGGUACAACUUGGAUGCAGGAGAUUGUCCCUCUGAUCAUGAGUGGAGGAGAUCCAGCUUCUGUUGAGACUCUUCCUAACUGGGACCGUGUUCCCUGGCUGGAGGAGACCCGGGCCUGCAACCUUAACCUUGAAGAGAGGCCGUCUCCACGAAUGUGUACAACACAUUUCCUGUACAACAUGAUGCCUCCAUCUUUCUUCAAAGUGAAGCCAAAGGUUAUCUAUGUGAUGAGGAACCCCAAAGAUGUGUUUACAUCUUUGUUUCACUAUCACGGGAUGGCAUCCUUCCUGUCAAACACAGGCACACAGAAUGAAUUCCUCCAUAAGUUCCUCGAUGGAAAAGUCAUGUUUGGCUCAUGGUUUGAUCAUGUGAAGAGCUGGCUGAAUGCUGAAGAUAAAGAGCACAUCAUGUACAUCUCCUAUGAAGAGAUGAUUAUGGACCUGAAGGACUCUGUGGCCAGAAUCGCUCAGUUCUUGCAGAAAUCUCUGGACGCUGAGGUGAUAGAGAAGAUAGCAGACCGAUGUUUGUUCAAGAACAUGAAGAAGAACAACAUGUCAAAUUACUCUGUUGUUCCACGUGAAAUCAUGGACCAGACAAAGUCAGAAUUUCUCAGGAAAGCUUUCUCAAUAGGACUGCAAUAUUGUCUUCACCUCCCUGCUCCCUCUGCUGUUGAAACUUGUUGGUGGCUGCCUCGUCUGGAGAGUGAGCAGUCUUGCAUCGGUGGGUGUGGAGCCGCGCCGAUGAUGCCUUGGGCGUGGAGGGCUGCAGCCGCCAGUGGGGAAGCAGCAGAUCAAUCAUCUCCAGGGGAGCCCCAUGGCCAGAAAGUCAUCAAUGUGAUGAGAAACCCCAAAGAUGCUUUUACAUCGCUGUUUUAUUAUUCUGAGAUGGCCUCCUACUGGGUCAACCCAGGCUCACAGAGCGACUACCUUCACAAGUUCCUUGAUGGAAAAGUUGUGUACGGCUCAUGGUUUGAUCAUGUGAAGAGCUGGCUGAAUGCUGACGAUAAAGAGCACAUCAUGUACAUCUCCUACGAAGAAAUGAUAAUGGACCUGAAGGAUUCUGUGGCCAGAAUCGCUCAGUUCUUGCAGAAAUCUCUGGACGCUGAGGUGAUAGAGAAGAUAGCAGACCGAUGUUUGUUCAAGAACAUGAAGAAGAACAACAUGUCAAACUACAACACUGUUCCUCGUGAACAGAUGGACCAGACAAAGUCUGAAUUUCUCAGGAAAGGGAUUGUUGGAGACUGGAAAAACCAACUAACAGUGGCAGAAGCAGAGUACUUUGAUGCUGUUUACAAAGACAAAAUGAAAGAUGUCCAGUAUAAAUUUGCAUGGGAGUAAAAAGAAGUGAAUGGAAAUACUUACUGGAAGUCAUUUCACCAUACAACGAUGCACAGAAACUUGUAAUAAAGAUGCAGUUGAUUCUGAUGUA